UGAAAAGCAAUUUUUACAUCCCAUCGCAUCCUCUAAGCCACACAUAAAUUCAGUAGUCGUGAUUCGAUCGCGUGUUGUUCGUGGUGUGUUUUUGCAGAAAAACGCAUUUUGUCCGUGAAAAUCGUCCGCUAUUUCCACACAAUUUUUCCUUCAGUCAUGGCAACAAAAUCAUCUUUUUUAAUAGCGACACGACGAUAUUUUUAGACUUUUCAGCACGUGUUACUCGCUAGAUGAUAGCCAUGGCACAGGUGGACUUUGAUAUAAAAUGACUGAAGUGGUUUUGCAAUGUUAAGGCUUGAACCAGUUCGGUGAAAUGCCGGAAAUGGUUGAUCAUUCCAAGCUGGAUAAACGUGGAAGUUUCUACUUCCAUGAGGAGUCAAGUUCGAGCGCCGGUUCUGAGCAGUGCUCCAUUUGUUUGUCGUCAAUCAUGUCCUCAUCGGCCAGCAGCGAGGAAGAAGACCGAAUCCUGCAGAGCUUCAAGGCGAAGAUCAAGAGGUUCAAGCGAAAGGCGUCUAGGAACAGGAAACUGGGACAUAAUGUGGACGGCAUGGAACUGGAGACUCUCUACCAAAGAUACUGUAUCCGUCUGAAGCACGCCCUCUUCCUCUCAGGACUAACAGUAUCCACGAUAGUUUCCAUUGGAAUACUAAUCACCACUUGCGUUCUCCACGUGCAGGAUCUGCACAAAAGCAUUUUGCCCAUCACCAUGAUGUCAGUGGUCACUUUCGCCCUCAUAGCCAUUCUCAUGGCGUCGCAGUUUCCCGUCGUUUUGGAAUCUGAAGCAUGGGCCCUGAUGUCUUCUCUGGUAAUAACGGCUUCCGCUGCCACUGCCAUGCUUCUUCUAGCUGGACGACAUGCUCCGUUACCUCUCUUCGCUCUUCUUCUGGUCAUCCACACCAUGCUACCACUGUCCAGAUCGGUAGCCUUGGCUUUGGCCACUAUAGUGACUGUUGCUCAUGUGGCCACCUCCAUAGCACAUCGGCUUCACGAAGACGAAGCAGCCGAUUUUCUUCAGCUGGUGCCAGAAACGGUGAUUUUGGUGACUGGCAGCUUGACUGGAGUGUAUUAUAGGCACCUGACGGAGGAGGCGCACCGCAGGACUUUUGUGGGCACCAGAACCUGCAUUGAAUCCAGAGUGAAGCUGGAAUGCGAAAAAGGCCAGCAGGAGCAGCUGCUGCUUAGCGUUAUUCCUGCAUAUAUCGCUGCAGAG